AUGACCAGAGCUCUUGCAAUCUGGGCUCACAAUCUGAAGGGCAUCGACUGGCACCAGUCGUUUGUCCCACAGGGGGCACCGCCGACGGUCAAUGGUAUACCUGCUGCAACAUUGCAGGCUGGAGAGCAUUGGUUCGACGUAUACCAAGCUGCAGCAAGACAGGGAGUGUUGAUAGUUGGAGGAUCAGCGCGCACCGUCGGGGCGGCAGGAGGAUAUUUGCUUGGAGGAGGCCAUUCGCCAUUUGCACAUUACUAUGGCCUCGCUGCUGAUAAUCUUUUGGAAAUGAGCAUUGUUUCGGCGGAUGGACGACACCGAGUGAUCAAUGCCUAUUCGGAUCCUGGUACUUCUGGGCUGUUCGCGGCGGCGGUGGAAGUGUCCGGGGUGUAUGUUGUUACGUCGGUGACUUACAAAACUCAUCCUGUCCCACAAAAUCUCACCAUUGGAUUCGUUCAACUGAACACAACCGACAACGCAAGCUCGACGCGGCUCAUUUCCGAAUCCCUGAAGCUCCUCCCAGCUGUCACAGACGCAGGGUAUACCGGAUAUGGCUUGUUUACGCAGGGCUUCCAAGCGGUCUUUCUUCAACCCAACGGCACCAUAGAGUCCUUCGACCAGACUUUCGCUUCCUUCUCUAAUUUAACACAGCUUCCCGGUGUCAAGGGAGCGGUUGGAGCCUAUUCCUCCACCUGGGAUGGAUAUUUGAAGACCUUUCUGCGAGACCCCAAUAUCGGGACCAACAAUCAGGACACGUCACGACUGUUGACAGCAGACAUAAUCCGGGAAAAAGCGGACGAUUUGGCAGACUUCAUUGUCGACAAUGGUCAAGCGGCGGGAUUCAAUUUCAUUGGCAAAGUCGACAACAAGGAACGCGACAACACUGCCGUUCAUGAGAUCUGGAAACACAGCCACGCGCUUAUGAGCAUCUCGGUAGAUUGGCUGGAUAAUGCAACCGCCUGCGAGAAGGGAGAGAAGCGACACAAGAUGGUACAGUUCAGCAAGCGCUUUACCGAAAUCGUUGGCCCAGAUGGAGGGACAUAUGUGAAUGAAGCCAGUCCGUGA